AUGGCUUCUAGCUCUGGUCUGACGCGCCGGAGAGGAGGCGGCGGCGCUGCUGGCAACGGCGAGGACGAGAGCAGCCGGGUCAGCUCGCCAGCACCCAAGCGCAACGACGACCGCACCCCCGAAACCUCCUACGAAAGCUCCGAGAAUGGCCACAAGAUCGCAUUCGACCCCCGGGACAUCAGCGAAAAUGCAGAGAGGAGCAAACAGCCCAAGCUGACACUCAUGGAGGAAAUCAUCCUCAUGGGGCUGAAGGACAAACAGGGAUACCUGUCGUUCUGGAACGACAACAUCUCGUAUGCAUUGCGAGGCUGCAUUGUCAUAGAAUUGGCCUUCCGAGGCCGCGUGAGCAUGCAAAAGGACUCGAAUCGGCGACGGUUCCCCCUCGCAGACCGGGUCAUCGAGGUUAUUGACGACACGUUGACCGGAGAGGUUCUGCUGGACGAGGCCCUCAAGAUGAUGAAGUCGAGCGAGAAGAUGAGCGUCAACUCGUGGAUCGACCUCAUGAGCGGAGAGACGUGGAACCUCAUGAAGAUUGGCUACCAACUAAAACAAGUACGCGAACGACUAUGCAAAGGCCUCGUCGACAAGGGCAUCCUACGCACCGAGAAGAAGAACUUCCUCCUGUUCGACAUGGCUACACAUCCCGUCGCAGACGGCGGCGCAAAGGAGGAGAUUCGACGCAGAGUCCGGAACGUCCUCACCAACCGCACCGUCGUCCUCCCCGGCAGCCAAUUCCUCCCCGAGGAGUUGGAAUUCAGAGUGCUCCGAACAAUCACCAUGGUCUGCGCCGCCUAUGCCGCCAACGUCCUCGAGAAUGCCCUAACAACGCUGGGUCACGAAGCGCGGGAACGGGCUUUUGCUCAAGUGGACGAGCUGCUGGCAGAAUAUUCGCAGUGGCCGUUUGCAAAGAGGCAGGGUGGCUCGCAGGGUGUGGGCGCAAACUUGGGUCAGCUCAUCACGGACGAAGUUAACGGUUCCAAGGAUAAGGAGCUCCAGCUUGAGGUUGUCGCAGCGUGCUUGAGGGAGCGCACGUCUCAGCAGCGAACCUGCACGUUUGAGUAUCUAUCGCAAGCAAAGCAGACGCAUAUAGCCGGCGAACUUGUCGCUCCUGCUGCGCGCAUCCACAGUUCCUACGCGAUGCCCUCCCCGCCGCUAGCCGACUCUCAGUCCCUCGAUCCCGCCCACGGCGCGUCCACCAACGGCAUCAACAGUGAAGGUGCUGUCCAGCCCGCCAACGCCCCGACCAGCAUCAAUGGACCCGACGGCGCGUCCAACGACAACAACGCGAUUCGAGACGGCAAGCAGAAAGCCAAGGCCGUCAUGGCCGCCUCUGGUCUGAACCUCGCCGGCGCGCAAGGCGACACGGCAUCGCCCGCGCAACCCGAAGCCAUCAACGGCGCGUCGCCCAGCAGAAAGCGAUCGCGUUCGGGCACCCGCAAGUCAUCACGCACGCCUUCCCACGACGGCGGCGCGAAACCCACAGCCUCGCAGACGCACCUCCUCAACCGCUACAUCGAGCGCGACCUCUUGGAUAGCGUAAACAAGUACGAGCGCAACAAACAUUCCGAGAAGGUCUACGGCGAACUCAACGACCUGCGCCACUUCUACCGCGACGAAGUAUAUCCGGUCCGACGACAGAACCCCGGCGCCAUCUUUGGAUAUGGCUACGCUGGCUACGGCAACGGCCUGACCGAGAUACCUCCCGACCCCAGAGACCCGCGCGCCCUACCGCAAACCAAGCUGCUAUACCCGGAAAACGCCAAGCGCGCUGGCCGUCGACUCGCGCUGCAGCUCAAGGUUUCGAAAGAGAAGGGGCUCCAACAAGCAGACCAGAUUGAAGAGCUGGUACCUGUGCGUUUGGAUAUCGAAUUGGAUAGACUGAAGCUUCGCGAUACUUUUACCUGGAACCUCCACGACCGCGUUACCAACCCCGUGCUCUUCGCCCAAACCCUCGUCGAAGACUUCCAAAUACCACCCGAACUGCGUCAGAACGUAAUGCAGCAAAUCGAUCGCGAAAUCCACGAGCAGGUACAAGACUACUACCCCCACGCCUUCUUCGACGACGAGCCACUGGAUCCACAUCAGCCAUACUCGGCAUACAAGAACGACGAGAUGCGGAUAUUGAUCAAACUGAACAUUACCAUUGGCCAGCACACCCUCGUAGACCAGUUCGAGUGGGAGAUCAACAAUCCUCUGAAUGCGCCUGAGGAGUUUGCGAGACAGAUGGCCGCCGACUUGUCACUAUCCGGAGAGUUCACAACCGCAAUCGCACAUUCCAUAAGAGAGCAGUGCCAGAUGUUUACAAAAAGUCUUUACAUCACAGGCCAUCCCUUCGACGGGCGACCAGUCGAGGAUACAGACAUACAAGACAACUUCCUGGCAUCUCCACUUCCCUCCGUAUUCCGCCCGAUGCAGUCAACAAAGGACUACCAACCCUACCUUUACGAACUAAGCAAUGCGGACCUGGAGCGAGCCGAACUUUCAAUCAUGCGCGAACAGCGACGCCAGAAGCGUUCCGUCAACAGACGCGGUGGCCCUGCCCUGCCAGACCUCAAAGACCGCCAACGGACUGUUCGGACGUUGGUCGUUUCAUCAGUGCUGCCUGGCGCUGCGGAAACGAUUGAGGACAGUCAACUCUUCAAGGCCACGCGCAAAGCCAGAGAAGGCCGUCGUCGCGGUGCUGAUGGCAGCUCAGACGACUCAGAUAGUGAUGAUUCAGUCAUGGAGUCUCCCGCACCUGCUCAAUUGAUGACUGGAGGCACUGCUCGUACCCGUGGUAUGCGCGGAGCUGCUACUGCUGCUCAAGCUGCGAUGCGAUCCGCCAUUGGAAGAUCAGCAACUCCCGAAGUCUCGAAUAUCCAAACACCCCAUCACGAGCCACGGGCGUCGAGGUCCCUACGGUAUGAAGCGCGGGAAGAGAGCGUAUCUGAACCCACAUCACUAAUAGUCAAACUCCGGAUAACGCCCGCAAAGUUCAGGGAAUGGGUAAGGAACCCAAGAGCUUUCGUAAAGCCCGCUGGAACUCCCAUGAUGACACUCUCGCAACCACCAACGCGGGGUACGCCUACCGCAAACUCGAUGCCUCCUCCACCGUCACCCGCCAUGCCUUCCCGCUCCACACCGACAGUACCGACAUCCGUUGAAGCUUCGCCGAAGCCACCUUCCACCCCCACACCAACGACACCGAACAAGCAAUGGAAUUACAAGCCGGAUGGCUCAUUGGAAGCACCUUGGCCAACGCCCGCCGCUUCACAACAUCCUCCCACUCCCCCAUGGCUCCAAAAAGCGCUCCAAGACCUACGCGAUAAGAAUCCCGGGGAGCUCUUCGAAUCUACCAUGCGCUACGCAGUCAUGAACGAGCGCCACGAGGACCCGAAGACUGGCGAGAUGGUGUCCAGACAAGUCAAGCUAGAUACACUAUCUCCAACCGCUCCUCUGCCAGCGAACCACAAAGCGUAUUUCCUCCCGCGAAUCCGAUGCAUAGACUGCCCAGGAAAGCUGUACAACGCUGGGCCCGAACAAACGGUCAAUAAUUUUGAAUUACAUCUGAAGAACCGCGUACACAUGGAGAACGUGCGCAAACGGACUGGUCAGCCAUUGUAG